GGUCCCUUUCGGUCCCUCACCUGUUCCGCAGGCGCUCACGAUCCAGGCCCCGCUGCAGGCCGAGCUUUCAGCUCCUGGCGAGUUUCUGACUUCCCUCUGCCGAGAUUUCUUUAAUGUAAUAAAAGUCUUUGCCAGCGUCAACAACUAGACCACCAACAAAAGAUCUGAAAACAAGUCCACAGCAACAACUGUAAUAGUGAUUCUUAGAGCAGUGGCGAUAACGCCAGCGGAAGAAAAAAGGGGACAAUUCAUCUCUUUCGAAAACCACAAAGAUCCUUUUUUGGCAAGUUGUUACGGGAAUUUAGACUUGUAGCAGCUGACCGAAGGUCCUGGAAGAUACUGCUGUUUGGUGUAAUAAACUUGAUAUGUACUGGCUUCCUGCUUAUGUGGUGCAGUUCUACUAAUAGUAUAGCUUUAACUGCCUAUACUUACCUGACCAUUUUUGAUCUUUUUAGUUUAAUGACAUGUUUAAUAAGUUACUGGGUAACAAUGAGGAAACCUAGCCCUGUCUAUUCAUUUGGGUUUGAAAGAUUAGAAGUCCUGGCUGUAUUUGCCUCCACAGUCUUGGCACAGUUGGGAGCUCUCUUUAUAUUAAAAGAAAGUGCAGAACGCUUUUUGGAACAGCCCGAGAUACACACGGGAAGAUUAUUAGUUGGUACUUUUGUGGCUCUUUCUUUCAACCUGUUCACGAUGCUUUCUAUUCGGAAUAAACCUUUUGCUUAUGUCUCAGAAGCUGCUAGUACGAGCUGGCUUCAAGAGCAUGUUGCAGAUCUUAGUCGAAGCUUGUGUGGAAUUAUUCCAGGACUUAGCAGUAUCUUCCUUCCCCGAAUGAAUCCAUUUGUUUUGAUUGAUCUUGCUGGAGCAUUUGCUCUUUGUAUUACAUAUAUGCUCAUUGAAAUUAAUAAUUAUUUUGCCGUAGACACUGCCUCUGCUAUAGCCAUUGCCUUGAUGACAUUUGGCACUAUGUAUCCCAUGAGUGUGUACAGUGGGAAAGUCUUACUCCAGACAACACCACCGCAUGUUAUCGGUCAGUUGGACAAACUCAUCAGAGAGGUAUCUACCUUAGAUGGAGUUUUAGAAGUCCGAAAUGAACAUUUUUGGACCCUAGGUUUUGGCUCAUUGGCUGGAUCAGUGCAUGUAAGAAUUCGACGAGAUGCCAAUGAACAAAUGGUUCUUGCUCAUGUGACCAACAGGCUGUACACUCUAGUGUCUACUCUGACUGUUCAAAUUUUCAAGGAUGACUGGAUUAGGCCUGCCUUAUUGUCUGGGCCUGUUGCAGCCAAUGUCCUAAACUUUUCAGAUCAUCACGUAAUCCCAAUCCCUCUUUUAAAGGGUACUGAUGAUUUGAACCCAGUUACAUCAACUCCAGCUAAACCUAGUAGUCCACCUCCAGAAUUUUCAUUUAACACUCCUGGGAAAAAUGUGAACCCAGUUAUUCUUCUAAACACACAAACAAGGCCUUAUGGUUUCGGUCUCAAUCAUGGACACACACCUUACAGCAGCAUGCUUAAUCAAGGACUUGGAGUUCCAGGAAUUGGAGCAACUCAAGGAUUGAGGACAGGUUUUACAAAUAUACCAAGUAGAUAUGGAACUAAUAAUAGAAUUGGACAACCAAGACCAUGAUAGACUCUAACUUAUUUUUAUGAAGAAUAUUGAUUCUUUGGCUUCCAAUUUAUUUAGUAAUCCAACUUUGCAUUGACUGUUUAAUCAUUUACUCUAAAUGUUAGAUAAUAGUAAGCUUGUUCACAUUUCAUGAAAGCUAUGAAACUAUAUUUUUGUAAAAUGUAUUUGUGACAGUGAAAUCCUCGUAAAUGUUAAAGGCUUUAAAUAGGCUUCCUUUAGAAAAUGUGUUUCUUUAAAUUUGGAUUUUGGUAUCUUUGGUUUUGUAGUUGACUGCAGUGUGAUGUGACCUUACCUUUAUAAGAGCCACUUGAUGGAGUGGGGAGUGGAUCUGUCACAUUACUAAGAUACAAUAUUUCUUU